CACUCAUUACAACUCACUAGUAAGCACAAGUUGUGAGAGGAAGAAGAAAGAGUUGCAGAAUGAGCAGUGGCGUUGGACAGGUGGUGUGCGUGACUGGUGCUUCUGGCUACAUCGCUUCAUGGAUCGUCAAGUUUCUUCUCCACCGCGGUUACACCGUCAAAGCCACCGUUCGCGACCCAAAUGAUUCCAAAAAGGUUGACCACUUGCUUAACCUUGAUGGUGCUAAAGAGAGACUGCACCUAUUCAAGGCGAAUCUUCUUGAAGAAGGUUCGUUUGACUCUGUUGUGCAGGGUUGCCAUGGUGUCUUUCACACUGCUUCUCCCUUCUAUCACGAUGUCAAGGACCCUCAGGUUGAAUUGCUUGAUCCUGCUGUGAAGGGAACUCUGAAUGUUCUCAAAUCAUGUGUGAAUUCGCCAACUCUGAAGCGUGUUGUGUUGACUUCCUCUAUUGCUGCUGUUGCGUAUAAUGGAAAGCCUCGAACUCCGGAUGUUGUGGUUGAUGAGACUUGGUUUACUGAUCCGGUUCUCAAUAGGGAAGCUAAGAUGUGGUAUGUGCUUUCAAAGACCUUGGCUGAAGAGGCUGCCUGGAAAUUUGUACGUGAAAACAACAUUGACAUGGUUACUAUUAACCCAGCAAUGGUCAUCGGGCCUCUCUUGCAACCAGUUCUUAACACAAGCGCUGCUUCAGUUUUGAAUUUUGUUAAUGGUGCACAAACAUUUGCAAAUGCUUCUUUUGGAUGGGUCAAUGUGAAAGAUGUUGCAAAUGCCCAUAUUCAGGCGUAUGAGAUUGCUUCAGCUAGUGGAAGACAUUGUUUAGUUGAGAGAGUGGUGCACCACUCAGAAAUCGUGAAGAUUUUACGUGAACUGUACCCGACAUUACAACUUCCAGAGAAGUGUGCAGACGAUAAGCCAUAUGUGCCAACAUAUCAGGUUUCUAAAGAAAAGGCAAAGAGCUUGGGAAUUGAAUAUAUUCCUCUGGAAGUGAGCCUCAAGGAAACCGUCGAAAGUCUAAAAGAGAAGAAGUUUACCAACUUUUAAUUUGUGAUAUCUCUUGGAUGUGUAAACUUUUAAGUCUGAAUCUUGUUUAGUUGGCGACUUGGUUUCUGAUGCCCAUGCUUGUGAAGAAAUUAACUCUUAAAUAAGGGGUUAUCAAUACUCGCACUAAGCACUGAAAUAAGUUAGGUUUGGUUUGUACUCAGGAUCGAGCAGAUGAAUUAAACUAGUAUGAGUUUCAGAGAUGCUGAUCCAGAUAUAUUUUGCAAUAGAAAUUAAAGUGAGUUUAAUAA